AUGGACUCCUAUAAUGGGUCUGAUCUCAGUCCUCACUAUGUUCCUCCACCUCCACAAUCUUCUUCUGCAUUGCUUUAUCCUUGCAGUUUGGAUCAGUUUCCUGAGACAACAGAGACGAAGAGACUGGGCAUGGAAGCUCAGGAAAGUAGGGUUGGAGGAGUGGAUGAGAAGAAGAAGAGGUUCAGUCGGGAUCAAUUGGAGUCAUUGGAGAGAAGCUUUCAAGAGGAAGUGAAGCUUGAACCUGAGAGAAAAAUGAAGCUAUCAAAGGAGAUUGGACUCCAACCAAGGCAGAUAGCGGUGUGGUUCCAGAAUAGAAGAGCUCGCUCAAAGGUUAAGCAGCUUCAGCAUCUCUAUGACACUCUCAAACAAGAAUUUGACGCCAUUUCUAUGGAAAAACUUGACCUUCAACAACAGGUGAGGGAACUAAGAAGCAUGCUAAGAGAACAAGCGGUAAGGAAUCACGGGUCGAUGGCUUACAUGACCGUCUCCGAGGAAGAGGCGGCAGAGAGCACGGCAGAGGGCGUUCGGAGCUGGAAUAAUCACAUCUUUAAUGUCGAAAAUGUCGAACAAAUAUCAGCUUCUUCAAUUCCUUCACCCUGGUCUUGUUCUCAAGUUGCUCACUUGCCUUCUUAUCCAUAA